AUGAAAUAGAUAUAAAAGAGAAAAAAUAACUCCAAAAAAUAAGAAAGGAUUAAACUUGAUUCCUCUCAAUUAAUCAAGCUGAUGACAGCCUAAAAAUAAUAAUAAUAAAAAGGCUCUAAAAAUGUUAACGCUCUCAUUGGAAUGAGCUUUUAUAAAAUUCCAAUAUAUAAAUUCUCACCAGAAAUAAAUCAGUAUCUUUAAAAAUACAAUAAGGAGUGUAAGAAUAUCCAUAAUUUUCAUAGAAACUGUAAGCUUUAUUUAAUGCAAUCUCUCUUCUCUGGAAGGAUUGAAAUUUGAUGGCAAAUAAGUUAAACAUUUGAGAGCAGAUUACAACAGUUUGAAAGGAGAUUCACUAUAAUUUAUAGCAUAAAAUUUCCCCAAUUUGCUUACUUUGAAUCUGAAGCAUAACUAAAUAGCAAAUUUAGAAGUAUACUAUUUUAUAUUUUAGGAUUUAGUGCAUUUAAAACAAUUGAAAAAUUUAGAAUAACUAAAUCUAUCAUUUAACCCAGUUAAAAAAUUUUAAGAAUAUAAAUCAACUAUUUUUUAAUAUUUACCUUAAUUGUAUAUUUUAGAUCAUGAUGCAGAUAUUGAUGAUUCUAUGUAAGACACAAGCGAUGACUUUAUGGUAAGUUUCAGUCUAAUUGUAGCUCCAUAGCUCAGAAGAGGAAAGUGAUUCCAGUUUUGAUGAUUAUGAGGAAAGCAGCGAAGAAGAUAAAAAAAAAUAAAAUAAACGAAAAAAGGUCAAGAAAUGA